AACCUAAUAAAUCUCAUUAAACGAGCUGCUCACACCUCCUCCGAGUGCUCCUGCCGCAAACGACUCCCAACGCGAUCUACGAGAAAGCUGCUGUAGAAAGAGGAUGAGGGGAUCACUAGAGAAGCUCAUUGCGGGCUCUCUAUCCGUCGCCGGAAGAUGGCAAAAUCAGCAACUGCGGCGGCUCAACAUCCACGAGUACCAGGGUGCGGAAUUGAUGAGCAAGUAUGGGAUAAAUGUGCCAAAGGGUGUGGCUGUUGCAUCCGUUGAAGAGGUCAAGGAGGCUGUCAAAUCUGUUUUCCCAAACGACAAAGAGAUUGUUGUCAAAAGUCAAAUUCUUGCUGGUGGGAGAGGUUUGGGGACCUUCAAAAGUGGUCUAAAGGGCGGAGUGCAUAUUGUUAAAACUGAAGAGGUACCAGAUGUUGCAGGGAAAAUGCUCGGCCAGAUCCUUGUUACCAAGCAAACUGGUCCACAGGGAAAGAUUGUGAGCAAGGUUUACCUCUGUAAGAAGUUAUCCCUUGUCAAUGAGAUGUAUUUUGCCAUCACUCUUGACCGAAAGACUGCUGGUCCACUAAUUAUAGCCUGUAAAAAGGGAGGAACUAGCAUUGAAGACCUUGCAGAAAAAUUUCCUGACAUGAUUAUUAAGGUUCCGAUUGAUGUCUUCAAGGGAAUCACUGAUGAAGAUGCUGCUAAAGUUGUUGAUGGUCUGGCGCCUACAGUAGCUGAUAGAAAUGCUUCAAUAGAACAAGUGAAGAAACUGUAUCAGCUGUUUUGUGAAUGUGAUUGUACAUUAUUAGAGAUUAAUCCAAUUGCUGAGACUGCGGAUAAACAACUAGUAGCUGCUGAUGCAAAGUUGAACUUUGAUGACAAUGCUGCUUUCCGUCAGAAGGAAAUAUUUGCACUACGGGAUCCAUCACAAGAAGACCCUAGAGAGGUUGCUGCUGCCAAAGCAGAUCUCAACUAUAUUGGUCUUGAUGGAGAGAUUGGAUGCAUGGUGAAUGGUGCUGGGUUGGCAAUGGCUACAAUGGACAUAAUAAAACUGCAUGGUGGUACACCUGCCAAUUUUCUUGAUGUUGGUGGUAAUGCAUCAGAAGGCCAAGUGGUUGAAGCAUUCAAGAUCCUAACCUCUGACGACAAGGUGAAGGCCAUUUUGGUCAACAUCUUUGGAGGGAUUAUGAAAUGUGAUGUGAUAGCAAGUGGAAUUGUCAAUGCAGCCAAACAGGUUUCACUUAAAGUGCCUGUUGUUGUUCGUUUAGAAGGCACAAAUGUUGAUCAGGGAAAGCGAAUUCUCAAGGAUAGCGUUAUGACUUUAAUCACAGCAGAAGAUUUGGAUGAUGCAGCCGAGAAGGCAGUUAAAACUGCUACUAAUUAGGUAAUAUGCCUGCUUUCCUCUCAUUCUUGUUUAUGAAAACCGCUGAUAUAUUUGUAUCACUAAACCUGUGUCUUCCCAUAGUAGAGUUCGUAAAGAAGGAUUUUCUUAUAUCAAAUAAUUGGACUCGGCUGAGUUCCGAGAGCUUGACUUGCAAUGUAUUCUUGUGAGCGAUGAUGACAUUUUGCUGUUGUGUUAUUCAGGCCUGUUUUGGUAGAUCAUGCUGUUCGUAAUUUUCCUAAUUAUAUGAAUAAUGCGUUGCUUCUGAUUCUUA